AUGCAGGACGGCGCAGGCUGCGGGGCCGGGCCGGGCCCUACGCCGCCCAACCCAGCCGCACUUCCCGCCGCCGCCAUCUUGCCGCGCGCCGAUUGGAGCGCGCGACCCGCCCGCCCCGCGCCGUUACCGCGGAGACGGGGGGCGCGGCCCGGCGGGACGGAAGCGAGAGCGCCCCGGGGCCGCGCCGCCCGCUCGGACUCGCCGCCCGGGCUCAGGGGACACAAAGAGCCUCGCCUCCUCCGUCCGCGGAGCUUGCUCGAGGACGAACGCAUCGACCUGUCGCAGGCGGCGGGCCAGGGAGCGUCGGAGGUCCGGACCGGGUGCCGGAUUCGGGCCGGGAAGUGUCCGCACGGGGCCCUCCCGAUCCCCUCUUCUUCUGAGGUACAAAACAGCCCCGUGCUCGGGCUCCCGCACAGACCGAGCAUCGCGCACCCCGAACAGCCACCAUCGGAAAGCCAGCUGGAAGAGCAUCUCUGCACUGCAGUGAAAAGCUGCGGCUCUGGAAAGCUACCAUGUCAAAAACAAGCAGCAAGUACCAAGACUGAAUCACCAGAAAACAGAAGCAGCAGCUGCCAGAACUGUGAGCAACAAGGACUUGUGCCCGAAGAUAUGGCCUCUCUGGUCACCCCAGACAGUAAGAACUCCUGCCUACACCAUGGCCUGCCAGUACAGCUCACAUCAGCUUUGCACUGGCAGCUAGCAAAGCUCAGAUUGUUCUUGUAGCUCAUGGGUCUGGAAUCCAGGAAAUUCCAUGAUUUAUCGUUGGAGACCAUUAUACUUGCUUCUAAUUGAAAAGAAGGUUCUUCUUAGAAGGAAGAACCACCAGGAAGGGAUCUGCUCAUGGCCAAGCAAUGGAGGAGAGAUAAGAAAGGGGAAUGACAAUAGCAAGCCUUGGAGUCUUUAGAACUGCUGUCUUCUAUGGCUUUAUUGUGGGUAUUGGAACAACUCAACACCAAGCAUUUAAAAAUCUCCCUGGACUUCUGUAUUUAAGUGACUAAAUUCUAAACUAAACUAUAAGCCAAUA